AGGACAUCACUACAAACGUCAAGUAUUUUGAAUUUAUGAAUGUCCAAUUUGUAAACUUAUAUUUUUCUGUUUAAACUAAUGUAUUUGUGAUAAAACUUGCUAUAAUGUCUUCAUCAGAUUCAGAUGAUGAUUGCUAUGGAAACAUAGCUCAGAAACUCCAGUUAAUUAAAAACAACUUCAUAAAAGAGAGCGUUGAAACUGCUGUUGCGAACAAGACAACUGACAUCGGUCCAAGUACCUCAACAUUGCCGAAAAGUGCGGAAUUAGCGACAGUAAUUGUUGAAGAAGACUUAAACAGCACUGUGAACAGCAGGGACAAUGAUGAGUACACUUUAGACGCGAUUAUAGCCAGAAACACGAAGGCUAAACCGAAGCGAGGCCGUGGAGGUAAGCGCAAAGCUUCGAACGAUAGUUGUGGUUCUAGUAAGAGGACGACCAGGACUUCAGAGCGAGCUAGAAGGUCUGCCAGCCAGAGUACUAGCAACUCUAAUGAAGAUAGGACCAGUCCCGUGCCUGAGAUUAUGGAACCAGCGCUUUUUACUGCUCCGGAACUACGAGAUGUUCCUACAACUUCAAGAAGGGGUCGACGUGCCGCCAGAGGCCGGUCUAACCGUGGUAGAGGCAGGGGAGAGUCCUCGAGACAACGGGGACGCAGUGCAAGAGAUGAGAUACUAGAAUUAUUCAAUGAUUUUUUCUCCCGAGACAGACGUGCUCCAUCCACUUCUAAUAACUAUCCUAUAUUUAGUGUUGGUAAUACAGAUGAGUAUCCGGACCAAUGCGAUAAUCAGCAGCUGUUUUCGUCCAACAUAAGACGUCCGAGUAAUGACGUUGAAAUUGUUGACACGGAUCCUCUAGACGAUGAAAAUGAAGAAAUGUCGGUUAAAGUCUACUGGAGAAGCUUGGAAAUAUUUAAGUUUAAAAUUAGAAAGUACCAGAAAUUAACUCAAAUAUUUAAUUAUUUUACGGAAAAAGAGGGCGUCAGUAGCAACAAAUUACUUUUUACUUAUAACGAUAAGAUUUUGAAAAUGGACGAUACACCAGACUCUAUAAACUACAGUAUCGCUAAAUUUAUCGAUGGAGGUAUCGUUAAUCAGGAUGUAAGUGACUUAUUAGCGGAGAAUAAUGAUAAUAAGAGAUCUAAUGGCUUUAAAUUAAAAUUCCAAUGCCAAAAUAAGAAGAAACCGUUUGAAACGUCUAUGAACCCUCACGAGAAAUUAAUGUCCGCCAUGAUAAAAUGCGCUGAGCAUCUAGAAACUCCUUUGGAGAAACUAAAAUUUUAUUUCGAUGGAGAUUUAAUAUCUAGUAAAAACACACCUCAAGAUCUGGAAUUGGAAGGCGGCGAGUGUAUAGACGUUAAGAUAUGUAGCUGAUGAUACACAAAUAAACAUGUAAUUAUAUUUCUACACCAACAAUUUGUUCUAUUACUAGUAUAUUUUUUUAUAUUUCUAGUAUAGCAAUAGUAUUCAAGAUUGUUUACUUGUAAUGUCUUAAAAGAAAGGCAGCCGAUUUCAAUGAAAUACUCAGAGAUAGAUGAUAGUACCUCCUUUUAUGUAAGGCCCAGUUUAAAGCUGCCUGUCCCCCGGAGCGGAGCUAGGCUGCGGAGUGGAGAAACUGAGAAAUAUUAACCAAUAAGACUGCACAAAAUCUCCGCUCCUCAAUCCUAUUGGUUAAUAUUUCUCAGUUUCUCCACUCCGCAGCCUAGCUCCGCUCCAGUGGACAGGCAGCCUAACUGGUUACCGGGCAAGUGUCAAUUAGUUACCUAAUAGUUAAUGCUGCUUAUAAUUUUUGACAGGUUUCUAUCCUAGACUGUGCAGCUAGUAGUAGUGCAUCUAGCUAAUAAGUUCCUGAUAGGCUAUCAGAGAAGUUAUCAAUAACCAUUGAAAGUGGCUAUUAAUAUUGGAAGUAUAAAGUGAUUUCUACAAAACGCCAUCUAGUGCCGAAAUAACUGGAACUUAUGAUAACAGUUGCCUUCUAUAUUAAUUCCUAUAAUAAAGAAUAAAAUAUGUGUU